AUGUCGGGCCACAUAGUUUUUUACAUUUGACAUGCUAACUUCAUAUAUUUGACGUGUAUAAGUGAUUUUUCGUGCAGAAUUUCAACAACACAAUAGUUUUUCAACAUUUCCUGAUAGUUUCGUGCUCCGAAAAAUUUUUUUUAGUCAUUAUGCCGCGGUACUAUCCCAAACAAGAGAAAAUUGUUGAUUUCGACAACAUUUUGGAGGCGAUCAAGUCGGUGAAAAUACAUCACAACAGCGUUCGACAAUCUGCGACGGCACACAAAAUUCCGAGGACCAACCUGAUGCGUUAUAUUGCAGCAUUUGAUGGUGCGAGCAUCGACGUUACUACUGCCAAUGCCGAUGUAAUGAAGAAUUUGCUGGCUGAAAGCACGACGAUGGGCACAAAAACAAUCUUCAACAUCGAACAAGAGAAGGCGCUGAUAAGCUACAUUCUCAAGACCAGCGACAUCAACUAUGGAAUUAGUUUGAUGGAGCUUCGUUAG